AUGCCCGAGAAAGAGACGACCAAGCCCAUCCGGGCUCACGACGCAUCCGCUCCCCUCUCCCCUCUGAGUGCUCGCCAAGCUGGACCCAGCCCACGCCCUUGCGAUAGAAGCGCCGACCACGCCUCCACCCGCGAGGACAUUCUCGACGCCUUCCUCGGCUCGCCGUCGAUGCAACCCCUAAGCCGCCGUCCGACCUUUGACUCAACCAGGCGCACGGUCUCGCCACCGAACUCGGUCAAGGCGUUCGCCGCAGCACGUCGCCGCGGCCAGGAGCACCGGCCGGACAGCGAUAGCGAGGACGAAGACGGCUACGAAGGUGUCCCAGACAAGCCUCUUGGCAGUAGCCGGAGCUGCCACAGCCGCUCACACAACACAUGUGGCCACCGCAACUCGCUGGGCUUGGCAACGACGGAGGUUGACGGCACGCACUCGCGGGACCAGGUGCACCCCAAGGAUAGGUUGUACAUCGACUUCGACUACCUCGAGACGCUGGCCCAUGCGGAGGAUGGAGAGCGGCCUGACAGCACGGAAUUUGCGAACCUGCCCGACAGCGCGAUGCCGCAUAGCUCACCCAUGUUCACUGCGGACGGCGAUUUCAUCGAUGUCGUUACUGAACGGGUCUCCAUCUCUCAGGAGAAGGCGGAUGCUGUGAGCAAUGUCCACGUCCGUGUCAGUGAGCAGCACCCCGAGCAGAGCCGAUUCAACUUCUUCUCGUCUGCUCUGGAGUCGACCAUCCACGCUGCGCAGUUUGGGGAUCUCGUCCUGCCCGGUGAAAAUAUCCGGACCUUGUUCGACUUCCCAGAUGAGGAGCCUGAUGGAGUGUGGUGGCUCAACAUGAACAACCCCACUGGCUCCGAGGCUUGGACCAUCUGCAAGGCGUUUGGUAUCCACCCUCUCACUAUUGAGGACAUCAUUCACCAGGAAAGCCGGGAGAAGAUUGAGUUGUUUCCGUCGUACUAUUUCGCUUGCUUCAGGUCUUUUGCGACCGUGGAUGAGCCUGAUGGUCAUGGAGUUGACUAUCAUCCCUUCAACGUGUACGUCGUGGUGUUUCGAGAGGGGAUCAUCAGCUUCAGCUUUACGCCAAACUCUCACGCUUCUCGGGUCCGUUUCCGCAUUUCGCAAUUGAAGGAACAGGUGUCGCUGAGCAGUGACUGGAUCUGCUACGCAUUGAUUGAUGACAUCGUCGACUCAUUCGGCCCAGGCAUCAACCAAAUCGAGCACGAGGCAGACGCAAUUGAAGACCAAGUCUUCAUCACGCGCCCCGAAGACAACCAGGUGUUCCUGCGCCGCAUUGGGCUGACUAGGAAGAACGUCAUGAGUCUGAUGCGUCUGCUCGGCGGCAAAGCAGAUGUCCUGCGCGCAUUCACCAAGCGGUGCACCGAAGACUACGAUGUCACCCCACGCAUGGACAUCGCCUUGUACCUCAGCGAUAUCCAAGACCAUGCGGUAACGAUGAUGAACAGUCUGGUGCACUUCGACACCAUGCUCUCACGGUCACACAGCAACUACCUAGCCCAACUCUCCAUCGAUAAUAUCGAUAUGGGCAACCGGACCAACGACUUCUUGAGUCGUGUCACUGUGAUUGCGACUAUCAUCGUUCCGCUCAACGUCGUAUGCGGACUGUUUGGUAUGAACGUCAAGGUGCCUUGGGGCGGAGACGAGAAUUUGAACGCGUUCUUCGGCAUCAUGAGUGGUAUAGUCUUGUUUGCUGCUAUUUCCCUCAUGGUUGCGCGACGAAUGGGAUACUUCUGA